AUGGGUUGCUUUGGGUGCUUUGGUUGCAAUGAGAGAUCCAGACAGUCACGAAAGCCUUACGAUGAUGAUGAUGAUAAUACGUAUCCCGACCAUGGUGACGUACACAGAAAUGUGGGAGGAGAUGGAGAAGAAGAGGAAGAGGAAGUAGAGGAGCAGAGCCGUUCCAAACGAUCUGAGGAAAUUUUGAAGUAUAAGUUGCAGAAUGGACUAAUCUGCAGGCAGUUUCCGGUUAAGGAAACUAAUGAGCUUAUACGUGGAGAGGAUGAUGAUGGAAACAAGACGAUUAAUGAGUUUGUUCGUCAGCGUAAAAUUGGGUCUGGUAGCUACGGGAAAGUGGUUCUAUAUGAGAGCACUGUGGAUGGCAAAGAAUAUGCUGUUAAGGCUUUUCACAAGUCACACUUAUUAAGGCUACGAGUUGCACCUUCAGAAACUGCUAUGGGGGAUGUUCUUCGUGAGGUUAUGAUAAUGAAAAUCCUGGAGCAUCCUAAUAUCGUUAAUCUCAUUGAGGUGAUUGAUGACCCUGAGGCUGAUGACUUUUACAUGGUUCUUGAAUACGUUGAUGGAAAAUGGGCUUACGAUGAGUCUGGACCACCGGGUGCUCUCGGGGAGAAUACUGCUAGAAAGUACUUGCGAGACGUCGUUGCUGGCCUCAUGUACCUUCAUGCUCAUAAUGUCAUUCACGGGGACAUCAAGCCAGACAACUUGCUGGUAACUAGUACCGGGACAGUGAAGAUUGGAGAUUUCAGUGUCAGCCAAGUAUUCAAAGAUGAUGAUGAUCAACUGCGUAGAUCUCCAGGGACUCCUGUCUUCACUGCACCAGAAUGUUGUGUAGGUAUAUCAUACAGUGGCAGAGCUGCAGACACAUGGGCCGUGGGGGUUACUUUGUAUUAUAUGAUAUUAGGUCAAUACCCUUUUUUGGGUGACACACUUCAGGAUACUUAUGACAAGAUUGUUCACAACCAGUUGAUGAUACCGGAUGGAAUGAAUCCUCAUCUCAGGGAUUUGAUCGAAGGUCUUCUUUGCAAAGAUCCGAAGCAGAGGAUGACACUGAAAGCUGUGGCAGACCAUCCAUGGGUCACUGGAGAAGAUGGAGCUAUACAGGAAUACUGUUGUUGGUGUAAACGCAGAGCUGAUGAAGAACUUGAAAGCUAG